UAGGAGGAAGGGUAUAGGAGAAUAUUUUUGCAAAACGGAAUGCUAUAUAUGUGGAUCAAUUAACGUGAGAAUUAACAGUUUUGUGUAACUAUUUAUGACCAGUUUAGAUAGUAAGACAUUUAUGCAAUCGAAUACCAAAUACAUCAUUACCAUGACAUGUGUUUUCUUUUUAUAAAGGUAUAAACUAAAAUUAUUAUGCACAGCUAUGAUUGCCUGACUUGUGAUAUUUAAUCAAAUCUACGGUCUCUAUAAUUGCUGGAUAUGCAUCUAAUAAAGAGCUUUGAAAUGUUGCCGACGAUAUGAGCUGGUGACCACUGUGACGGACACCGUACUUCAUAACUAGCAUCAACCGGUCCCGUUACCAUGGGGACAGGAGCAAGCUCAUACAGUCCCCCACCAACCCCUCUGCGGUCAUCUCUCUGCGCGCUAAGGACUUCAGCCCCCAAAGACGGCGACUUGUCGAGCAUCGACAGGAGCAAUCACUUGACCCGAACGGACAACCACGUGGGCCCUGUGAUUAUCAAGAACUGCAUGGAAGAAUACCAGCACGUGGUGGACAGUUCCGAGCCAAUAGUGCUUGGCUGUCUUGCCGACCGUCUGCCAAAACACCCACUAAUAAAGGGUGAGUAUUUCCUGGUGCGCGACCACGAGCUGGCGGACGGCGAUAGCCCGAAAAGUAUCGGCCUGCUGCAGGCCAAGAGUUGGGCGCCCGUCUACUGGUGCGGUCAGCCCACCGCCCGGGAACUCUCCUCCAUAGUUAAGGCCCUCGAGAACGAGUCAUAUUCGGAGAUUCUGUUGUUCAACAUGCGUGAAGAGCCCGUGCUUUUCCUGAAUCUCGCAGACGACUUUGUUCCGUACACCAUCAAGCCCCGCCACAACCUGCGCGACUGUGUUCUCACCGGCAGGGUCAUGAAAGAGGCGGAUCUUUUUGAAGCUACCAUUCGACACAAUGUGAUAGCCCUGGCCACUAACAAAGAUGACAACCAGUUCUAUUUCUACAACGACACUACCAGCCUCAUAGGCGAGCCGCACGUGUAUCCCGUGCAGUUCGAGGACAAUCUUCUUGUCUCGGAGGAAGUGUACUCUCGCCUUGCCUUCUCAAACCCUAAACUAAGGUAUCGAAGACUUUGCUUUCCGUUGUAUGCGGCGCCCCCUGAUUUGGAGGUUGACCACUUCAUCUCCAUAGCACAGGACUCGCCGCUCUUCACUCGCGAUAACGGUCAGCCGGCAAUGUUGUUCACCUGCGAGAACGAGGCCGGACGCGCUAAUGUAGGCGCUGUCAUGGGGUACCUGCUGCUCACUCACCGUGACAUGGAGGCCAAUCAGCGCAGACCCAGCUCCGUGACCAGCCGGCUGAACCGCCUGAGUAUCGACCAGAUGCAGGAGCAGGGCUUUUUCUGGGCCGUACAAAAGCUUGUUGCGGCCAUCAAGGACGGGCUUAACAUCAAACACCAGGUGGACAUGGCGAUUGACAACUGCUGCACAAGCCUCAACAUCCGGACAGUGAUAUACGAGACGAAAAAGGCCAUGGAGGCACUUCCGGAACAGCAGCCUUUGAAUCCAAGUGCCAUUGAGGAGAAGUACACGUUGUGCUGUGACUACCUGAGUCGCUAUAUGUUCCUCAUCUGCUUCAACGCCUAUCUUGCUGAUCAGUACGAGGUACACUUCCGGCUGGGAUUUAGCAAGUGGAUGAGCCGGCAUCCUGAGUUGAAUCACAUUCGGUGUAUUAUGGCACUGCCUGUGUACAACACCAGCCUUUCUUUGCUCAGCUCUGGCCGCCAUUGUCUGGUGUCGGACAACUAUGUCGGCCUUGACCUUCUUGGUUCCCAGAUGGACGUGCGAGUCGCCAACUUCCGAAAGAUCAACAUCAAGCCCAUACCCGUGUACGGUAUGGCACAGCCCACAAGCGAUGGUCUCUCAAAAGUGGUGAAUCACUUGCUAAACAUGAAAGUGCGUCACACGCACGUGGUGGUGGUCAACUUACGCAAUGACGUUAUUAUUGAACUGGACAGGGCCACCUACAGUGUGCGAGACGCCGAUAAGAAGGAUGAGCCAAUCAUAUUUCCGGGCUUCAGCCGAACCGAAUUAGAAGACAGUGAGGAAGGACUCAAGAAAAAUAUGCGGCGUCAGAAAACAUUCCAGCUGUACAACGAGUUGUGUGACCCGUGCGUUGAGCGCGAGAUACUGAGCGCUUACACUGUGUUAGACCUUGCCGAGAACCAACGUCUUCAGACGCUUGAUAUGACCUACAUCCGAGUGCCGCUCAUGUGCGAGGAGUCACCCACGGAGAAGGACAUAGAUGCAUUAAAAGAUGUAGUAUGUAAUCACUGUAAGGAGGAGAAGUUGAAAAACAACACAGACGUGGCCUUUGUGUUCUUCUGCCGAACGGGAAAGAGUCGCUCAACGUUCGCCAUGGCGAUUGCGGGCCUUAUUAUGUGCCACCAGAAGGGAUUCACGAAGGGUUCACAAAAAGGUGAACAAGAACGCAUUAGCCUGCCUAACGCUCAGUACACCAAGGGGGAGUUUAUUAUUGUUCAGAAGCUGGUGCGAAUGUUGCCGGACGGUCACCAGAUGAAGCGCGAGGUGGACUUCAUACUGGACGAGAUCUUCAACACCAUGACGCCCAUGAUGUUCCAUAUGCGCGAAAUCAUCUUCGUCACCUACAAUCGGUGGCGAAAGUCGACACGUGCUGAUCGGGACCGGAUCCUGUGUCAGUCUAUCCUUUACCUGGAGCGUUACGUGUACUUGAUCCUCUUCAACACGUACUUGCACGCCGAGAAGGCCCAGGGCUGGACCCGACCCUUUAGCGACUGGAUGAGAGUGGUGGGAGCUCGUGCCGGCGUCUACGAGGUACUGGACAAUCUGGGCUUCUAUGAUUUCGAGGACACUCUCACCGACUACCGGAAGAUGUCCGUGCGCUGGCGAUACCCUGUACCCAAUAUCCUUUGGCAGGGCGAGUUCCGAUAGAGGUCAAAACUAUACAAGUUGCGAGUGUAUUCAAGAGUAAUUUAUCAGUGAAGUAACGAUGUCAAUGGCAAGAUUUACCCUUUCGGGUCAAAUUCGUUGAUAUUUCGUUUUGAGAUUUGAACAAAAACUCCUAGUAUAUGCUUUGAUCGUAUCAUCUCUAGCGAAAUAAAAAAAAGUACAAAUGAACUAGAUAUAUCGUUACAAACGUGGCUAGAAACGGCUAUGAGCAGCGAGUAUAUAUGCGAGUUAAAUGUUUACGGCGUGUAUUGUUGUUCAUUUAUAAUUGCAUAUUGAUUUUUCUUGUGAAAAAAUUCUACGCGUACACUUUCUAUAUGUAUACUAUAUUACUCUGAUCUGUAUGCACGUACAUUUUUGUUUCCUGCUACGUAUCAUGGGUUAAGGUUAAAAACGCAAUGUUAUGUAUGAUAAGUGUUAUAUUUUAAAUCAUAUUUGUUUAUCUUUUUUAUUUAUUGCCAAUAAAGAUUUUUCUUACU